AUGAGUGAAGGAAGCGUGACAACAGAGGACGGUACACUUUUGCCCGAUCUAAAUAUCACUCUGUCUCUGUCCCGCGAACAAUUUGAAACUCUCAACAAAGACUUGUUUGAGAAAAGUUUUGAUGUGGUAAGAGAUGUGUUGAAAAAGGCCGACUUGACUCCGUCUCGAGUGGAUGAAAUUUUGCUUGUCGGUGGUUCUACACGCAUCCCCCGCGUGCGUGCACUGGUGCAGAAUUUCUUCCCAGGAAAACCGGUUAAUUUAUCGUUGAAUCCUGGUGAAGCUGUUGCCUGUGGUGCAGCUAUCGUGGCAGCAAAUUUGGCCAAAGUAGACUCAUUGGAACUGCUCGAUGUGAUGUUGUAUGAAAUCACCGUAUUGGAUUUCAGUAUUGGACAGUUUGGGGGAAUUGUUGACGUAUUUAUUCCCCGAAAUACUCCCCUUCCCGCUGGCGUGAGUAAGACAUUUGGUACGGCAUAUGAUAACCAGACAGAAGUAAUCAUAACUGUGUUUGAAGGGAAUCGGGUGAUGCAAAAAGAUAAUCGGCUUUUGACCACAAUCACUCUAUCUGGACUGAAACCAGCCCCGUGGGGAGAGGUCAAGUUUAAGGUUACAUUCAAACUGGAUGAGAACAAAUGUCUGUACGUGUGUGUCGCAGAACUGCCUGAAGGUGUUCGGGAAGAGAUUAUCAUUAGCCGAAAUGAAGAGCGCACCUCCAAAGAAUAUUUUUCCCGAAUGCUAGCGGAUGCAGAAAAGAAUAAGGCAGUGGACGAAGCGCAUAUAAGACGGCGUAAUCGUUGGUAUGGCGCUUAUAGAUAUGCGGUAAAGACCACAUUCAAAGUACAAAUGGCGUACAAAGAAAAGACGAUCGACCAGGCCACAUAUCACUUGAUGCUGACCAAGUGUGACCAAACUGUGGCCUGGUUUAUGGAAAACGAGACCGCUCAACCGGAUGAAUUUGAACCAAAAAUACAAUCCCUGAUGAAAACUUGCCGUUCAGUACUAUAA